UUUGCCACAGGACAGACUCACAGAGUAACCAGCUGCCAGAAGAACAUGGACGCCAAGAGCCUGAUGACGGUCAUUUUCAUACUUGCUGAGAUGCCCUCAGCAUUUAUGAUGAGCACAACAACCUCCCCAUCUCUAAAGUCAACACCAACCAACACAACCACACCAGCAAUGCUAUCAGCUACGUCAACACCAACCAACACAACCGCACUAGCAGUGCAGGCAACUACAGUAAUGAUGAACAUGACAUCACCACUGAACGUGACUAUGAACACAACGGAACUCUUGAACGUGACCAGCGAGCCGUCUCCUUCUCUGACUGUGAUUGGCCUCGUCUUCUCCACCAAUGAGACGUUUACCAGCAGCCUCCUCAACCAGUCCUCUCCUGAGUACCAGGACCGGGUCAAUCUCACCAAGCAGCAGAUUGAGCCUAUUUUCAGAAUCUUUCCUGGCUUCAUUGAGCUGACUGUGCUUGGCUUCAGGAAUGGUUCCAUCGUGACGGACUCCGAACUGCGUUUUGACUCUGGCCAAUCAGAGGCUCCUGAUGCUGAGAAAGUGAGAGACACAUUCAAAGCUGCCGUUGCAGUGGGAAACGUAUCUCUGCAUGCGAUUCAAGAGUCUAUCAACGCAACAGUCAUAGCAGCGCAGGCAACUACGGUAAUGAUGAACAUGACAUCACCACUGAACGUGACUAUGAACACAACGGAACCCUUGAACGUGACCAGCGAGCCGUCUCCUUCUCUGACUGUGAUUGGCCUCGUCUUCUCCACCAAUGAGACGUUUACCAGCAGCCUCCUCAACCAGUCCUCUCCUGAGUACCAGGACCGGGUCAAUCUCACCAAGCAGCAGGUUGAGCCUAUUUUCAGAACCGUUCCUGGCUUCAUUGAGCUGACUGUGCUUGGCUUCAGGAAUGGUUCCAUCGUGACGGACUCCGAACUGCGUUUUGACUCUGGCCAAUCAGAGGCUCUUGAUGCUGAGAAAGUGAGAGACACAUUCAAAGCUGCCGUUGCCAUGGGAAACGUAUCUCUGCAUGUGAUUCCAGAGUCUAUCAACGCAACAGUCAUAGUGCCAGUUACCACAAGCAACACGCCUUCAUCUGCAGUGACCACGGCAGCCUCUGGGGCGAUGGUUGCCACGGCAGCCUCUAUGGCGAUGGUGGCCGCUACAACUCUUCUCUUGAUCCUACUAUUGGAGGCGCCUUCAUCAUAGAAGAGAAGAGCACACACACACACACACACACACACACACACACACACACACACACACACACACAGCCAUUAUAUAGGCGCAACACACAGACACGCACACAGCCCUAGCCACAGCCAAAAUAUAGCCCCCACACACACAGCCACAAUAUAGUCCUAACAAACACACACGUGCACAUACACACGCAUGCGCGCGCACACACUCAC